UCUGAUCAAAAUAACCUCGAAAAACGCAAAAUUACCCCACCAUGAUCGCGACGGUGGUAACACUGGCAAAAAGAGAAAUAGAGAAUAUCAGACCAUGAAAGUGAUAAAGGUUAUGUGUCGUUUUCAGAUAUUAUAGCACUGAAAUUUGAAAUGGCACUUUGAUUGAUAUAAUUUCAUAACUAUUAUGAUAAAGCAGUGUCCAGCAAAGGUAAAAUGGCGUGGAAUUUGUUGAAGAAAAGUCACUUAACACAGCGACCCACUCCUGCCCCGCCGCUCCUUUCCCAUGCCGAGGACAGAGAAUUGGAUGUCAUUGUGCAGAGACUCAUGCAUAUCGAAGAGACGGUGAGAAAACUCACAAAGGAGACGAAGCGGUACCUGGAAUCAAUGGACAACCUUGAUCGAGCCGAUCAACGUCUAAGUGCUAAUCUUAGCACGUGCGAUUUGGCUCAUACAAACGAUGAAUUUAGGAAAAUAGUCGAGGAGUACCAUUCUGUCACAACACAGGUUGGAAAAAAUGUUCAGGAAACAAUGGCUCUCUGCCAAAAGACAUUUAUCGAACCUCUGAAGAAACUACGAGACUUAUUUGCUAUUAUUGCCGAAGCACUUGCUAAAAGAGAGGAACUCGUAGCUACCUGGAAGUGCACUUACAAUCGUCUAAAAAAACUUCAAGAAAGGAAAGACCGAACAGCUAGUCACAUUGCCAAAGUGGAACGGGAGCGAAGAAUCGAAGAAGCAGCAGCAAAGGAAUUAAAAAAUUGCCAUUCACAGCUACUUAUCGAUUUCCCAGCCUUUCUUGACAAAAGGUUGGAGUACAUUGAACCUAGCAUUCACGCAUUUAUCAUGAUUCAAUUAAACUAUUAUGGUAGCACAAUGGAACUGUUUGCUCAACUGAUGUCCCAGAAAUCCUCGAGUUCACCGGAAAGGAUUUCAACAAACGACGAUGAGUACCAAAAAAAGAUUACCGAGCAGUUUAAUCGUAUCCGUGGGCUAACGAUAGUAAAAGACGAUUAAGUGAUCAGAGAGAUUAAUGAAAAAGAGAAGAGAUC